GGAUGGGUGCUGCCUGGGGGAUCUAUGCGGUGCGGGGAGCGGAGGGUGGAGACCAAAGAGGAACAAGGCCUGCUUUCUCCACAGGCUUGCACUAUCCCUGGCCUUUACAAGAACAAAAAUGGUGGACGCUGGGGUCCGGAUUCCAGGGGACACCCCAGACCAGGAGGGAGGGGAUCUGAAAACUUUGGCAUUCGGGGCCUUGAAUUGGGAAGGGCAGCUACAAAGAUUCUUGCCCUGUGUGCUGGUCCAUUUACCAAGCCAGAAUGGUGAGGCUGUGCGUCUGUCAUUCCCCAUGUCUUUCAGUAGGGCGCUGUACCACUCAGAGCAAAAGAGUAACGUAUCUGCCUGGAAUCCCUGCAGGUCUGUGCAAAGUGGAAUUGCCCCGCAGUCCCCGGAGGGGGUGGGGGUGGCUGAGGUCCUUGACUUAACUUGGGCCCAUUUCUGACUCCAGCUGCCUUCCUGUUAUUUUAUGUAGGAAAAAGGAUGUGACAGUGCCUGCAGGGAAAAUGGCUGUCAUUGGGGGUGGAAAUGCAUCGGGGAGGGGGCUCUUUUGCUCCUCUGGUUUUCCCUACUCCGUCGCCCCGCCUCCUCCCGGUCCAGUUGUUCGAAAGGGGUGUGGUUUUUGCUGGGAAAAUGGCGGACCACUGAAGGUGGGGGCUGCGGAGUGGGUGAAUGCACGCCGGCAAGAAGAGGGCUGAUGUCAGCGGAGUCCUGAGAAUAGGGGUAGGGGUGAGAGGCCAAUAUUGGACAACCAGGAUCCUGAAUUCGGAAAAGCUGCUAUUGGGAUUCUGUGAAGUGCUCUUCUGUCCGCCCAGCUGUCUGCCCUGUCGCUUGUGUGUCUGUGCAUCUUGCACUUUAGGGCCAGUUCAACCCUAGAAAGCAGGAAGAUUGUCCAGAAAAAGCAGGUCAGAGUGAGGGUGGUGGCACUAUUUGGGGACCCCUGGGGUGGAGAAUUGUGAAGACUGCAAACCCGAGUGGACCCGGGCACCGCCUCCGCAUUCCCCUCCUUUCCUCCACUUUAUUCCGUUUUGGAGCUUUCAAAACAAAGUGCUUUGCAGUUAGACGACACAGAAAGGAAGUUGCAGGACACAGUGGACUUCCAGGCAAGGAAAAGAAGGAAGAAACUGCCUGUACCUGUGCUGGUGUAUGUGGGGGUGCCACUACCCCAAGACAUCUGGAGGGGUAGGGGAGGUUCCACUGUAUCUGCAAGCUGCAACCGGGCCUGCCAGCUGUAGCUGAAGACUCCGCCCCCAACAUAGGAGCAACCCCACUCUACCCUGGUUGAAAAUUUGGUUCAGAAGUUCACCCCAGCAUGGGCCGUACUCGGGAAGCUGGCUGCGUGGCCGCUGGUGUGGUGAUCGGGGCUGGUGCCUGCUACUGCGUGUACAGGCUGACCUGGGGAAGAGAUGAGAAUGAGAAAAUCUGGGACGACAAUGAGGAAGACGAUGAAGAAGAAUCUAGUGAUAUUGUAGAGACUGGUGUCCAGACUGGGAAAGGAGCUAAGGCUAAUGCUGGGGUGGGGGCUGGGGCUAGACUUCAGGAUGAAUCAAAGGUCAAGGCUGAGGUGGGCAUGGAACUCCAGAAUGGUUCAGAUGUAAAGGCAGAGGCCCACUUGGGGGCUCAGAGUGGAGGUGGCCUAGAGGCCAAGGCCAAAGCCCUUUUCAGCACUCUGAAGGAACAGGCAAGUGCAAAGGCCAGCAGAGGAGCCAGGUUGGGCACUAUCUCUGGGAACAGGACCCUUGCACCCAGUUUACCCUGCCCAGGAGGCCGGGGUGGAGGCUGCCACCCCACCAGGAGUGGGGCUAGGUCUGGAAGUAGGGCAAGUGGAAAAACCAAGGGAAGGACCCGAGGUAAGAGCACCAGGACUCCAGCUACAUCAUGGCCUGUUCGCAGGGGCAAGUUUAACUUUCCCUAUAAAAUUGAUGAUAUUCUGGGUGCUUCUGACCUUCAAAAGGUUCUUAACAUCCUGGAACGAUCAAAUGAUCCUUUUAUUCAAGAAAUAGCCUUGGUCACUCUGGGUAACAAUGCAGCAUAUUCUUUUAACCAAAAUGCCAUUCGUGAAUUGGGUGGUCUUCCAAUUAUUGCAAAACUGAUAAAAACAAAAGAUCCUAUUAUUAGGGAAAAAGCUUACAAUGCUCUUAAUAACUUGAGUGUGAAUGCUGAAAAUCAGGGGAAGAUUAAGACAUAUAUCAGUCAAGUGUGUGAUGAUACCAUGAUCUGUCGCUUGGAUUCAGCUGUGCAGAUGGCUGGACUAAGACUGUUAACCAACAUGACUGUGACUAAUCAUUACCAACAUUUGCUUUCCUAUUCUUUUCCAGACUUUUUUGCUUUGUUAUUCCUGGGAAAUUACUUCACCAAGAUUCAGACUAUGAAACUAAUUAUAAACUUUACUGAAAAUCCAGCCAUGACGAGAGAGCUGGUCAGUUGUAAAGUUCCCUCAGAAUUGAUUUCCCUCUUUAAUAAAGAAUGGGACAGAGAGAUUCUUCUUAAUAUCCUUACUCUAUUUGAGAAUAUAAAUGACAACAUAAAAAAUGAAGGGCUCGCAUCAUCUAAGAAGGAAUUCAGCAGAAGUUCACUUUUUUUCUUAUUCAAAGAAUCUGGAGUAUGUGUUAAGAAAAUCAAGGCAUUAGCAAAUCACAAUGAUCUGGUGGUGAAAGUAAAAGUCCUAAAAGUAUUGACCAAACUCUAAUUUGGAGUAUGGCCCAAACAAUAUUGAGAUAAUUUUUCACUGUGCACUGGGAACAAUGCAUUUUGUAAAUUCUUUGUUUUCCACUGUGCUUACAUGACAAUGAGAUCCUUUUGGCUCCUACUCUGGAAUAAUGAAUAUCAAGAGUCAUCAGUGAUGUUACUUGUGGCUGGUUUCAGUAUGGAGCAUUUUAAUGAUUUAUUGAAUACUAGAGCUUGUGUAAAGAAAGCAUUUAUUGAUUCCAUCUUGCUACCUAGAUUGAGAUAUUUUUUACUCUUUCCUCUACCUAAACUGACAGCAGACUAAUCAUAAAUAAGCUACACUUUUGUAUUGGUUUACAUUUGUUAAUCUUCGACUUGUGUUUCAUCAAUAAAGUUGUGUGUUUUAACCAGCAAAAAAAAA